AUUUCAGUUAUCAGUAUAGUAGCAAUUAUGAAGACGUUAUUACUAGCUCUGACUACAUGUGUCACAUUGUCGUUGACAUGCAAAUGUAAAACGCAGACGGCGGAGGAAUCGUUCUGUGCAGCCAAUUGGGUCUCGCACGUGCGAAUAAAAUUGCGUAUUUCAAAGCAGCCGAUGCCUCCCGGAACUGGUAGAAAGGGAUUAAACAAUAUACGAUACGCAGUCAUUCAUGAGAAAGUGUUCAAGAGGCCUUCUGGUGUCGCAAACUUACCAGCUGAGAUCUACACCCCAUCAGAACCACCAGCAUGUGGCUUGAUCAUUGAUGCUGGGAAAGAGUACCUGCUGGCAGGUAGAAUGCUAAAUGGAACACUACAUACUGUCUUAUGUGGACAAGUGCUUGCAGACAAUCCUUCUGAAGAACUGUACGAAAAUGUGUUGGAGUGGAAAAAGGUUCCGAGACAACUGAUAACUAAGCUGGAAUCCAUUGAUUGUGACAAAAAACAAUAAACGCUUUAUAGCCGAGUU